CCUUGUAUUUUUUCUUCCUUAAUAACACCACCACGACGGCACCACCACCACCACCUCCACAUCCUCGACCUGCCGCCGUGCUCUUCCUCCGUCUCUCUGUUUAUUGGGUUUUCGGCAUCUGUUCUGGGCAUACUUAUACAGGGAUAGGAGUAAUUGUGUAUGUUUUAAGGAUUCUACUUCUUCUUUUUUUCUGGUUUUGGAAGUUUGGUAAUGGCGACGGCGCCUGUGAAGUCGCAUCCUCUUCACAACUUUAGCUUUUCUUUACUUAAAUGGGGGAAGCACGGCACUGCUACUGAUCAGCGGCGUGGUUCGCCGGAGUUAGAAUCUGAUUCAGAGCCGCCGCGGCAUACUCGGGUCGGGUCGCGUUCUGCUCGUGUUCAGCGGGUGUCGUUCACGACGAAACCCAUCGGGCAACAUCGACAACAGCAACAGGAGGAUGGUUCUGUUCAGCUGGAGGAGGAGACGCAGCUGAAGAAUCCGCGGCAGGAGGACGCCGUCUUGCCGGCGAGGCAGCGGAAACAGGCGGUAGGUGAUGUGAAAGAAGGUAAUGAAACAGGGGAGGAAGAGGAGGAACAUGAGGAGGAGGAGACGGCGAAGAGACCGUGGAAUUUGAGGCCGAGGAAGGCGGAGACCAUGGUGACGGUGGCAGUGGAAAAGCAGAGCGAGAUUGCAGUGACGGCUCCAAAGUCGAUGAGAUUGAGGGGUCUCGCAGAGAAUGGAGUGGGAGUUGGGGAAAAGAAGGAGAAGAGGAAGUUUUGGAUAGCCUUGUCCAGAGAGGAGAUUGAGGAGGAUGUCUACGCGAUGACGGGGUCGAGGCCCGCCAGGAGGCCGAAGAAAAGGCCAAAGAACGUACAGAAACAGCUCGAUAGCGUUUUCCCUGGGUUGUGGCUGGUGGGUACGUCGGCGGACGCUUACCGUGUUGCUGAUUCUCUUGUUAAGAAGUAGAUCUGCUUGCAGGCUCUAAUUUAUUACCAUAGAUAGAGGAGUAGAUAUGAUCUUAGUUUCAAAAUAUGGAUAACUGGAGCGCUUGCAGAUGGUGGAAACAUGUCAACCUAGCACAUGAGACAUUGAGACCUCAAUUUGAGGCUUCCCUACAUGGUUGGGGGGCAGCAUAGCAAGCUGUGUAGUUAUUAUCCAAUCCCUUUUUGGAUAUGGUUAAUAUUGGAGGCACUGCAUUCUUCCUACUUCCGGAAGAGCUAUUCCUCUAUUUAUUUGAGCUUCACCAAAAGGAGCAAUGAGGUUGAAAAUUUAUAUAUUUUGCCUCUAUUAUGGUUCAUUAUAUAUCGCUGAUAAUGAGCAUUGUUAGUCUUUUAAAUCUAACAUUUUAGCAUGCUGGAAAAUCUUGCUAAUGUUCUUAUCACUGUUCUUCAUCCAUGUACCACAUUUUCUAAGUGUUACCAUGGUUGUUGUGGCAUCUCACAACAAUGAUUUUGUAACCCACUUAAGAAUCUUCAUAGCAAUAUGGUUCAUUUGA